UGCACCAUCUUAAUUACCUCGUACUUUGGUUCUCUUCAUUUUAAAGUACCCUUAUUUCCCACCACACACAGCCAUGGUACAGGCAAAGAAGUUCAGAGGAGUGAGGCAACGUCAAUGGGGUUCAUGGGUCUCAGAAAUUCGUCACCCUUUGCUGAAGAGAAGGGUGUGGCUAGGGACAUUUGAGACAGCAGAGGCAGCAGCGAGAGCAUACGACGAAGCAGCGAUUUUGAUGAAUGGUAGAAACGCGAAGACGAAUUUCCCUACAGCACCAUCGAAGGAGGGUGAAGGUGGCAGCAUUUCCGGUGUGUGUGAAGACCCUUUUUCAUCUCCGAGUGUUCUUUCAGAGCGUCUGAGUAGAAAGCUGAAGAAAUGCUGCAGAGAGCCUUCUCCUUCGCUGACAUGUCUGAGACUAGACGCUGACAAUUCCCACAUCGGAGUGUGGCAAAAGGGUGCAGGAGCAGACUCGGAGUCGAAUUGGAUUGUGAGGGUGGAGCUUGGGAAGAAACGUGCAGAGAGUGAGUCAAGUGUGUCAGAAGGGUGCGCACAAAAUGAUGGUGAAGAAGAUGAAGAAGAUAGAAUUGCGAUGCAGAUGAUUGAUGAGCUUCUUAAUUGGAACUAUCCAUGUGGUGGUUCAAGUAAUUAAUUCACCUUUAGGAUUUGAAAAAAGAAAAACCUUUGGUGUGGGAAUAUACAGCAUGUCCAUUUUCUUCUAUCUUUA